GUUCUCUCUCUGAGUUUUCUCCAUUAGACUUCCUUCUCCUUCCUCCUCCCACUAUACGGAUCUCUAACAAAAUGGGACUUAUCCGCAGCACCUUCACCACCGCCCUUCUCGGCGCCGCAGGUGCCACAUCUGGCUGGGCCUUCUGGACGCGCAAUUCCAGAUUCAUCCCUGUCUCCCCGUCGGAUCCGAUAUUUUCAAGUGCAGCCUACGUGCGACAAAACCCCAAUCGCAAUCCUGCUACGCAAGAUUUAUGUCAAAGAAAAGUGCCGCUGAGUAAGAUAAAGCCGCAUUUGUUAGAGAAGGAGGGAAAAUUGGUUGAGGCUUUUUGUGCUGGAGUUUGGAGUGGUUUGGGCUAUUCUUACCAACGUUCCUACCUUUCAAAAAAAUACCAAAAUACGACUACCACCUCUCACCAGCUCUGGGAACCUUCACAACUCCUCUCCUCCACUUAUGAAGUCGGAACUCAAAUAACCGACCAUUUUGAAGUCGUUUCCAAAACGCCAAGUUCAAUCAUCGUCCGCUGCGGAGAUUCGCCUUUAGUAACCGGGGUAAGGGACAGCGAUGGACUUUUUGAGAUGAAGGCUAGUGUUGAUAAGGGUGAGGGAGUUGCAGUCUUCGAGCUGAAGAGUGUGUUCUUUAAGGGAACCGGAAAAAGUACUGAGAAACCUAUGCCGGAAUAUGUAGAAUUUGCGCAUAGACUGUACACGAAGUUAUGGAUGGAAACAGCCGUGAAAAAUUGUGUUAUGUAAGAAGGGACUGGUUGUGUGAUAUACCUAGGUAAAAUGAAAUCAAGCGUAAUAUAUUUAUACACAUUGAUGGGAUAGAUAGAGCUCAUAUGAUCAGCUUUGAAAAGCAGGAUUUUUGAGUGUAAAAAGCAGGACUAAUUAGACUUCA